AUGUCAUCAUCAUUACAAUCAUCCUUGUCUUUACCUGUACGUGACUGUACUGCUUCUUCAUUGGACUUUGAUCUUCAGUUAAACAGUAAAAACAUUGACAUUUGGAAGCAGGAGCUAAGUGAAAGUGAAAUUCAGAAUUCUAAUCUCAGGAAAAAAAUACUUGAAAAGGAGAUACAGAUUAAAGAACUUUCAUCCAUGCUUCAGUGUGAAAAAAUCAACAUACAGAAAGGAGACCACCUGUCAAGGUCAGUAAAGGAAGUACAAGCUCACCUGCAGUGUCAAAUUGACAGAAAAGAAGCAGAAAACUAUGAAUUAAAAGUGAAAAUACAGACUCUAGAAAAUAAAAUAGUGGAGUGGAAAAAUAAAAUUGGUGAAUACAAGUGCCAGAAGUUAGCCUUAAAGGAAACAAGCGAGCAAAAGAAGAUUGCUCUGAAAAAAGCAUUAAGGUCCCAGAAAAAAAGAGCUCAACAUUUAGAAGAAGCUGUGAAAGAAGUAACCUCUAAAAUAAGAGAACAGGAAGUCAAACUGUAUGAGAUACUGUCAGCCUCUGAUGUCUGGAAAAAACAGCAUGAUAGAACAGUUGAAGAAAAGAAAAUGUUAGAAGUUCAAAUAGAAAAUCUUGAGAAUCAGAUCAGAGGCCUGAUGGAAGACAUGGAAAGAAGGGAGGAACAGAGAAGAAAUUCAGAAGAGGAAAUUCUUGAAAACCUAAAUUCUGUUAACUCUGAAAAUGAAAAGUUUUACCUUGAAAACAAAAUAUUAAAGGCUUCCCUUGCUACAUUGGAGAAAAGUACAGUGUCUGUUGAAUAUGAGUUGUUACAUCUGCAAGAAACAGCAAAGCUGCAGGAAAACCUUGUAGAACAGCAUAAAGAUGAGGUACAAAAAAGACAAAUUGCAGUAGAAGAAUUGAAAUCCAGAUAUGAAACAGUCUUAAAUGAAAACAAAAAAAUAACAGAAAACAAAUGCUUAGAAGCAGAUAAGGUGAGGGACAAAUUGGAGGCUGAGUUAAAGGAGUUUAAACAUGUUUGUGACUUGCUGAAAACAGCUGAGGAGAACCAGCAGCAGCUUCUGUCCUGGGAAAGGAUCCCUGCACACAAAUGCAAAACCCUUAGGGAGCUGGAGCUUCAGGAUAACCACAGUGUAACUUCUAUUGGCAAUCUUUGCUUAGAAGAAGAGGUAUAUAACAUUCAGAAGAUAUACAAAGAUCUUCAAAGGCAAUUAGGAGAGGUGGAACGUCAGAAUGAAGAACUUGCUUAUCAGCUCAGAAAAGAAGAUGAGUGUCUUCAGAGCAGUAAAUUGCAGCUUGAAGAGAAAAUUGCAGAAUAUAAUGCACUAGCAAGACAACUUAAAUCUGCUUUGGAAGAGGGGAGAAAAAUGGUAGCUGAAGAACGGGAAAAAAUAUCAUACAAGGAACAAGCCUUUCAGACAAAACUUUUACUUCUUGAAGCUGAAGUGAGAAAGAGGCAAGAAGAAAAAAAACAACUCCUCUGCUUAUUUCACCAUAAUGAAAUGCACCAUGAAGUACAUUUGAAAGAGCUGGAGAACAGCCUACAGAAGUCAGAGAACAAGAACCGGAGCAUCCAGAAUUAUGUGCAGUUUUUGAAAGAUGCAUAUGUAACAAUGUUUGGCUGAAUUCUUUAAUCUAGUUUAUAGUGAAGAAACCUGUCAAGAUUGGUCUCCCAGUCUAGUUGGAAGCAAAACCAUUGAGGCCUUCACAAUUUUGCCAGUUUGAGUUGUAUAAUGUUAAUUCUUCCCUAGGAAAACAUCUGUUGUGGGCAAGAGAAACAGGCCAGACAUUACUGUAUAUCCUGGCUGGUCACACGUGGAGUUGAUGUUCCUGAUAUAAACCAUUGCAUUAUCCAUGGCACAGCGGUGCAAAGGCCAAGUGCGUGACAGCAGCAGCAGGUGUGUAUGUGUGGGGUCUGCACUCAAAACGGGUCUGUCAGUGUCCUGGGCUGUAAAAUUUCACCUGAGUCCUUUUACUCCAUGGUAAAUGCAUGAUCACAGAUUAUCUUUCAAUUCAAUGAUAUCUAACUGAUUAAGAAAGGCAAAAUUUGAGAUCAUUAGGUCCCUUCCUUUUUUUCCCCUGUAGUUUAGUCCAAUAUAGCCCACACUUCCCCACUGCAUGGGAGAGUUGCUAUCCUAUCCAGCCAUUUUCCUCUACAUCUCCUGAUGCUCAGAAAUAGACUAUAAUAAUAUUUUAUAAAUAUAAGUAGGAAACAUUUUUACAUACAGGUAUACUUUAACUUCUGAAUGUGCUGAUAUA